AUGGCAGGAGUAUUGCAGCAUAUGAUGAAACCAUUCUUAGGUCUUGUACCAGAGGUCAAAACUUGUCAUAAGAAGGUUCCAUUGAGGGAGAAAGUGAUCUACACAAUGAUCACUCUCUUCGUUUUCCUCGUUUGUAGUCAACUUCCUCUCUACGGUAUCCACUCAACGACCGGUGCAGAUCCGUUCUACUGGAUGCGUGCCAUUCUCGCAUCGAGCCGUGGUACCGUCAUGGAGCUCGGUAUCGGUCCAAUCGUCAUAUCAGGACUCGUGAUGCAACUCUUGACCGGCUCAAAGAUUAUUCAAGUCAACAAGGAGGAUCAAACUCUCUUGAACGCUACUCAAAAGCUUCUAGGGAUUCUAAUCGCCAUAGGUCAAGCUACGUUAUAUGUUCUCUCUGGAAUGUACGGUCCUUUUUGGCAGCUCGGUUCCGGAAACGCAAUCCUCAUCGUUCUCCAGCUUGUCUUUGGAGGAAUCAUAGUUCUUUGUCUUGAUGAGCUUCUCCAAAAAGGAUACGGUCUUGGCUCAGGGAUCUCUCUGUUUAUAGCGACUAAUCUUUGCGAAAGCGUCAUCUGGAAAGCGUUUAGCCCGGUGACGAUCCACGGACGUUUUGGAACCGAGUUCGAAGGCGCCGUUGUCUCGCUAUUCCAUAAACUGAUUACUAAGUCUAGUAUCCGACAAGCUUUCUUUAGACAAAACCUUCCAAACGUUACAAACUUGCUCGCCACGGUCUUGAUCUUCCUCAUUGUCAACUACUUCCAAGGCUUCCGCGUUGAUUUGCCCGUUAAGUCGAAGAAUUCCCGUGGUGCUCUCGUCUCGAAUCUCUACUUCAUCUCUCAGCCUCUCUACAAGAACUUUAGUGGCAACUUCUUGGUUAACUUGUUGGGACAAUGGAGAGACUCUGUACCAGUCGGUGGCCUCGCUUACUUAAUCAGAGCGCCAUCGAGUUUCGCGGAUAUCUCUGCUCAUCCUUGCCACGCACUCUUCUACAUCGUCUUCAUGCUCUCUGCUUGCGCGUUUUUCUCAAAGACGUGGAUUCAAAUCUCGGGGACUUCCGCUAAAGACGUAGCUAAGCAGCUCAAGGAACAACAAUUGGUAAUGCCGGGAUACAGAGAGUCUAAUUUGCACAAGGAGCUAGACCGCUAUAUCGGAACAUCAGCUGCUUUUGGAGGAAUGUGCAUUGGUGCACUCACUGUUCUUGCUGAUCUCAUGGGAGCUAUUGGAUCAGGGACCGGAAUCUUGCUUGCUGUCUCAACAAUCUAUCAGUGUUUCGAGGCGUUCGAUAAGGAAAGAAUGUGGUUUAAUGGUGCAACAUUCUUAAGUUGUAACCUUUUCUUAUCUUCAAUAUGGUUAAUCAAGAAUCCAUUAAACAACAAUUUGUAUUUUCGGAGCUUUGAUAGUUAA